GGAAGCUUGGAGGUGAGGCUACGUGGUCCAAAGCAACAUACACAUACGGCGAGGCAGUGUGCCUAGUCACGUUUGGUGAGCACGCAGAAAUGAAGAAACUGAUGGCGCGCGUCCAAGGACUGAGGCAGAAACUCGCGGGGAAGAGUAUUCCUAUCAAGAAAUUCAUCACCCGCGAAUCCGGUAAAUGCCUCUCCCAAUCCGACAAACUUCACCUCCACGAAUUCCGUGUGAUCACACAUGUGCUUAGUGAGGUUAUUUCAAGGGAGAUUAUUCCUCCUGUUGAUGGUACUUUGGGGGAGUUGGGGUUCACACUUUCGUCGGAAGGGAGUGAGAGUAGGCGAGUGGGGUUAAGAAAGGACGUGCUAAGAAGCUGGAGUCAGGGAGUUGGUAUUGGGAUGCUGUUUGCCUCACAUGGUUUUUCGAGGGUGUGUUGGCGGUUCGUGGCGUAUCCGGUGUUGAUUAUCUUGAGGAUCGUUUUCCUGAGGAAUAACAAGCUCCCUACCCGUCACCUCGUCUUCCAACAAUUCUCCGCACCCGAUAAAUAAUUAUCAAUGAGAGCCUUGUAACAUCCCACCCCGACCAGUCAUCUUGUAG